UGCCCCCUCAACAAUUUUCAUGCUUUCACUCUUUAUCUAUUUAAUUACAUUUACACUAGCACUACUCUAUGUAUAACUACACCAACAACACUACUGCAAAUCUCUGUUUUUUGGUUCUUGGUCCAUCCCCCUCACAUAUACCAAGAUUUUGCAACCCUUUUUUCUUUUUUUUUUAGUCCAUUGUUAAAUUUUAUUUUUUUGUUGAAUUAUUUUGUUUUUAGAGGAUUUUGGUGGGGAAUAUGAGAAACAGUGGGCUACAAUUUUGAGGAACUGAUCCACAGAUUUCAUACAAGAACAAAGACUCAUUUGAUGUUUUACAUUGAAGUGGAAAUAGCACAUUGCCUAGGUGUUAUAAAAGGUGGUUUCUUGAGUUUGGAUUUCAUGGGUUAAACUCAAGGAAUCAUGGGUAGCAUCUGUACAGACGAUGAAGAAUAUCGAUUCUUUGAUGCUCGUGCCUCUUCUUUUUCUGAUUCGAGUUCAGAUAACCCCGAAUCUAGCUGUAAUGAUGAAUGUGGAGCAUGUAGCAGCUAUCAGUAUGAGGUCUGGGCUAAGGGACCCUUGAGUGUGCGAAAGCGUCGUAGUCAAUUCUUGAGGUUCAUGGGUUUAGGCUUAGAUGGUAAAGCUUCUGGACAGAAUAUGGUAGAUGCAUAUGAUGGUGGCAGCUUCCGAGGAGAGAUUGAUAGGAUUAAAGAGAGUAGUGGCGCAGUAUUGAGAAAUUCAUCUUUCAAAUAUGAAUUUUGUUCUAGCCGGUCCUCUUGGAGUAGCAUGUCCAAUGAUGAUUCGGAUUUGUCAAGAGGAUUGGACUUGACAGAAAAUUUCAUAUGCCGAGCUGCAGAUGUAAAGCAUGGUUCGGAAUGUGAUGUUGAUAGAAUAGGGAAAAGCACCAACCUUGGCAAUAGUGAAGUUAUAGAUGGGGGCCAAUUAUUAACAUGUGGUAAAGGGCAGCCUUCUCCAUCAUUUCCCAUGGUUGAGAAACUUGUGCAACAGGAAACUGAGGUCACUGGAAACGCACCAAAGAUGGUGAACAGGGUUAAAAGUAGGUGGUUGAGGAGUCUCCGUUCCUUCUCCUGCAUUACGAAAAAGGAAGGGACAGUUGACAGUUUGAGACCGAUUGGAUCCAACUCAAUUGUGAGAGAAAGGGUUCAAAGAGUGAAGGUUCGGCAUUCCAAAAAACGGUUGAAGGAGCUAUCAGCUCUUUUUGUUGGGCAGGAUAUUCAGGCACAUGAUGGUUCAAUAUUGACCAUGAAAUUCAGUCCUGAUGGGAAAUACCUUGCUAGCGCUGGUGAAGAUGGGAUUGUUCGCGUGUGGCAAGUUGUGGAAGAUAAGAGAUCGAAUGAAAUUGACAUUCCAGUGAUAGACCCAUCUUGCAUGUACUUCACUGUAAAUCUUCUUUCUGAAUUGGCGCCACUGAUGGGCGAGCAGGAAAAAAUCAGUAGCAAAAGCCUGAAAAAAACAGCAGAUUCAGCAUGUGUCAUUUUUCCUCCAGUGGUAUUCCGGAUUUUGGAGAAACCGCUGCAUGAGUUUCGAGGGCACAAAGGAGAAAUUUUGGACCUCUCAUGGUCAAAUGAUAAUCAUCUAAUAUCAUCUUCCGUUGACGAAACUGUGCGCCUGUGGAAAGUAGGAUGUGACCAAUGUCUUAAAGCUUUCCCACACAGUAAUUUUGUGACUUGUGUUCAGUUUAACCCUGUUGAUGAUAAUCAAUUUAUCAGUGGUUCAAUUGAUGGAAAAAUUCGCAUCUGGGAAAUUGAUGGCGGCCAAGUUGUUGAUUGGACAGAUGUGAGAGAUAUAGUGACUGCUGUUUCUUAUCGCCCUGAUGGGCAGGGUGGGAUCAUUGGCUAUGUGACAGGCAACUGCAGAAUUUUCAGUGUAACAGACAGUCAUUUCCAACUGGAAGCCCUGAUCUGCUUAAAUAAUAAGAAGAAAGCAAAAAGCAAAAGGGUAACAGGCUUUCAGUUUUUUGAGCAAGAUCCAAGCAAAGUAUUGGUUCAUAGUGCAGAUUCACAAGUAAAAAUUCUUCAGGGAAUUAACAUAAUUGGCAAGUUCAGGGGCCCAAAAAGUGCAUCAAACCAGAUAUCUGCCUCCUUCACUCCGGACGGGAGGCAUAUCAUCUCAGCUUGUGAUGAUUCAAAUGUAUAUUUUUGGAACUGUAGCAUUCAGGAAACAUCAUCUGCGUCCAAACCCAAAACCAGCAGGUCCUUUGAGUGUUUCUCCAGUGAUGCUUCAGUGGCAAUUCCUUGGCCUGGUUUGAGAUCAGGGAUCUCAAAAGGUGGAUGCAAUUUACAGGUUGUAGAUGAGUGUGUAUCGGACAGGUUGCCUUUCUCACCAUCUGAUUGCUUCUCUAUGGGCCAAGGUUUCCGAGUUGAGUCUAUCCCCAAGGGAUCUGCAACUUGGCCAGAGGAGAAGCUUCCUUUAAGUCCUUGUGCUCUACCAUCUGCAUUGUGUAAAUCUCAAUACAAGUUUCUGAAAACAUCUUGCCAGAGCUCAUCAAAAACUCAUGCCUGGGGUCUGGUAAUUGUUACAGCGGGUUGGGAUGGUAGAAUAAGAUCGUUCCACAAUUAUGGGCUACCAGUUGCUCUUUGACACAUAACCCCUUGUGGUAGGGUUCCUUAUUCUUCCAAGAUUUAAUCACAUUGGCUAUAUUGUUCAAAUGCCAGCAUAGCAAGUGGUUAUUAAAGUAUAAUAUGGCCAUGUAGAUUUGGAGGAAAUUUGCCUGUGACUUACAGCUGAGGUUCCUUAUCUGCAUUGGGAACAGCACUCAUCGUAAACCUGCUAUUCUUUUGGUUUUCUUAUUGGGAAGUAUAGCUCUUCGCAGCCAUUACAAACAAAUACAGAUUUUAGUUUGUUGUUGGGCGACUUUUUAAGAUGCAUAUCUUUUGAUGGAGAUGCGUAUGGGGCCUUGUAGAAAUUCUGUCUGCUCUCCAGAGUCACACACAGCCAGUGGUUGAUAUUUAUUUGAGAAUAGUAGGGUAAGUUUCUUCUUGCAUGGUUUAUUAGCCUCUCUGAAUGAUUAAGAUCCUUGUCUGCCAUUGGAUCUAUGGUGGGGUCAUUCUGCAGCUGAGCUAUCAGAGGAGUGCUCUUACCCCCAUUUUCCGCUGAACAAGCUUUUGUCACCAGGGCUCCAGUGGUGAUCAGGAUUGCAUCGGACUAUAGUUGCUAUUAGCUGAUACUGACAAUGGCUCUCCCUCCCUUUCUCUAUAUACAUAUAUUUAUUCAUUGGGGAACCACAGCAAAAUUCCUUGGUAUGGAGUAGGAGCUAAAUUAGGUCACUGAUGUUGCGUAACUUUAUUUUUUCCUCCACAAAUUACUAAAAUGUCAAACUAAACAGAAUCAGGUUUGAAGGGUGUGGCCCCUGAAAGCUUAGUAGUAGGAAUCAUGACAAUUAGAGAAUGUGUAGACAGUAGAAUGAGAAUUACUGAAUUUUUGUAUAGUCAGUACAAAUCUGUUCAUCUUAUAACCCCUGUAUAAGCAAGAAGUAUUCGAAGUGAAGAGUGUAGAGGAAAACACACAAAAUUGAACCACCAGUCUUGCUCUUUUUGCUGGGUGUUUAUUUGCA